AUGAAAGAGAGGCAAAACAUUUGCAACGUUUCUACGAGGAAGUUGCAACUGACGAGGAAGAAUUAUGAACAUUCAGAUUCCGAUGAGUCUAUAGUUGGCAACUUAGAACAUGAAGAUGCUAAUCAUAACUCAGAGUCUGAAUUGGAUGUAUCAGACACCGAAUUAAACGUACAAGAAUGUAUUCCACAAGGUAAAGAAGGUAAAGAAGGUAAAGAAGGUAAAGAAGGUAAAGAAGGUAAAGAAGGUGAAGAAGGUAAAGAAGGUAAAGAAGGUAAAGAAGGUAAAGAAGGUAAAGAAGGUAAAGAAGGUAAAGAAGGUAAAGAAGGUAAAGAAGGUAAAGAAGGUGAAGAAGGUAAAGAAGGUAAAGAAGGUAAAGAAGGUAAAGAAGGUAAAGAAGGUAAAGAAGGUAAAGAAGGUAAAGAAGGUAAAGAAGGCAAAGAAGGUAAAGAAGGUGAAGAAGGUAAAGAAGGUGAAGAAGGUAAAGAAGGUUAA